AUGGGGGAAACUCUUUUCCUUUUUCUUAUAUCAAUUACUCAUGUUUCAUUAUUAUUAAACUCGGUUAUCGCUGUGUAUCCAAAGAAAGGGUUUAGCAUAAAGAUGAUUCAUAGAGACUCCAAAGAAUCGCCUUUAUAUCCAGGUGACCAUUUAACAAGAGGCGAGAGGCUUCAGAGACUCGUAGAACAAUCCAAAGCUCAAGCACGUUACAUCGAGUCACAAAUAUUACUCCAUGACAAUGUUACACUCUCCAUGAAUCCUGAUGUUGUACGUUUGCCUGUAGUUUAUGAACCAAUUAAGUUUUACGUUGCAAUGGUCGGUUUAGGUACAUUUAAUGAUAGCCAAAAAACAGUCAAGAAUUAUUAUUUGAUGAUUGAUACAGGUAGUGAUCUGACUUGGCUUCAAUGUGAAGGUGCCAUUAAAGCGUUCAAUCAAGACAUGCCACUUUAUCCUUGGAACUCGUCAUCUACAUAUCGUCCUAUUCCUUGUGAUACUCAUCCUCUUUGCAAGGGAGACAUGUGCAAUGCUGAUGGCCAAUGCAUUUAUAAAGUACGCUAUGGGAGUGGAUCAGUUACAUCUGGUAUCUUAGCGAUAGAAAAAUUUACUCUAGGCUCCAAUACUGGUGGCCUUGAAAGAAUUGAUUUAGAAAUGGGUUGUGGAUUUCGCCAGGAUAAUUUUAAAAACUUUAUCGGUAAGAAUCAUUUACGUGGCAAACCUGAUCUUAUAGCAGGAAUACUCGGUUUAGGACCAGGAUCAUGGUCUUUUCUAAAUCAAUUAGGUGCCGCUGGAGAAGGAAAAUUUUCCUACUGCUUCGAGGCGUUUAAGUAUUAUAUUGAGGGAUCAAAUACAUAUUUAAGGUUCGGUGCUGAUGCAACAAUUGGAGGUGCAUCUCAAGAAGUACGUACAACUCCCAUUGUUGUGCCUCAGUUUCGAUCAUAUCAGUAUUACUUAAAUCUAGAAGAUAUUAGUGUAGGUAGCAAAAGAAUAAACUUUCCUAGUGGUACUUUUGAGAUUAAAUCUCGAAGAGAAGGCGGUGCUAUCAUAGAUACUGGUGCUAUAAUAUCCCAUAUGUAUAAAGAUCAUUUUGAUAUAGUUUCCGAUUUGGUGAAGACACAUUUUAAAGAGCUUGGGGUUGAAUAUAUUGGUGCCAUGGGAAGUCUUGAUGUUUGUUUCCGUCUACGUGGAAGAUUUGAUAUUCAUAACUAUCCUUCCAUAACACUUCAUUUUCAACAGGCCGAUUAUUUUAUUCCAGAUUAUAAAGCUAAUUUUGUGAUGUUGUCUAUCGAAACUAUCUGCUUCGGCUAUCUCCGGAGUGAUAAAAAUAGGUUUAUUUUAGGAUCAAUGCAACAAGCUAAUAAACGGAUUUUGUAUAACAUUAUGGAUCGUUCACUCUCAUUCGCCGAAGAGUAUUGCACAUUAGAUUCAUGA